AUGUCAAGCAACACUGAAAGUAGCAAGUUCCUAACAAAUCGACAAUCAAAAUACAACCAUAUACAAAGAAACCCAAUACUACUCAAACCAAACAACCCCAAGUUCCAACAAUCCAAAAUCACAUAA